AUGCGCCGUGCCUCUACCCAGCGUCUUUUCUCCACCAGCCCCAUUGCACGACUCGCGGCUGCUGCUUCCCCUCAGGAAUCCACCACCGCUGGACCGUGGGCCGACCGACUCUCGGCUCCUCGCUUGAACCGCUACAUUGUCAUCGCCGAAGACUAUUCCGACGCCGGAGCCAACGCACGAAGAUUCGAGGUUCGCGAGCGACACCUCGAGCAAGCUCAAAACGGAAAGCGUGUCGGACGCAUCGAACUGGGAGGCGCUCUCCUUCGCAAGGACUUCUCCGAGAUUGACGAGGAGUUGGGUCCUGGACCACACAUGGCCGGCAGCGUGCUGGUCGUGCUAGCGGAGAGCAUUAAGGAUGUCAAGGACAGAGUCAUGAAGGAUGAGUACGUUCAGGGUAACGUGUGGGAUGUCGAGAAGAUCAAGAUCUUUCCCUUCAUGCAAGCUCCGUUGAAGAGCGUCGAAGCUGGUGCUGAUGCCGCGGCGGUGGAGGCAACCGAGCAACGGGUCGGAACUGCAAACGCGACUCUGGGCCAGUUGAGGCAGGACGCGGCGGCAGGCAAGGGUCCCAAGAUGGUCACACUCGGCGCGCUCAGGAGGCUCCACCAGAGUGCCAAGUCGUCGCAGUAG